CCAAAAACGGCCUCCGCCAUGACGUCCUUCGAUGACUUGGACCGCGAGAUGGAACGGCUGAAAGCGAUGUCUGGCGGAGGCUCCAGUUUGGAGCCAGUGCUGCGUGGAUUUCAUGAUGCCAACUUCCAAGCCUGUGUCCAGCAAUUCGCUGCCGAGAGGGCGUCGGCCUUCCAGGCCACAUGUCCCGAUGGCUCGCAGCCCUUGAUUUGGACGGAGUAUCACAAGGAGUACCGAGAGAUGUUCGAGAGCCACCUCCAGACCAUCUUGCACGCACUGGACAUGACUGAAGACAGUUUUCAUGAGCUCUGUGGCUAUAUUCAGGAGAUAGAAGAAAAUCUGGGGGACGACUCUGAGAACUUGUAUGGCUACAUCAAGGCAAUCACAAGCUCAGAGGAGUACGACAGUUUUCUGCAGCUCAUGUUUGGAGAGGUUCAAAGACAACAGCAGGAAGCAGGAGUGCGUCAAGGUCGAGCCGUGAAAGCAGAGCCGAAAGCGUGCAUGGAAGGUCAGACUCAAGAGAUCCAGGUCUUGGUGCCAGAAGGAAUGGGCCCCGGCCAGUUGUUAGCCGUGGACUACUUGGGUCAGCGCUACGAGCUGUACAUCCCUGAGGGCUACGGGGCUGGCAUGACCUUCUGCGCCAGCAUCGCCAUACACUCCUGAGUUGGCUUCAGAAAAUUGGAAACAACUCUGAGGAGAAAAAAAGA